UUUAUGCUUCAAAACUCAGCAGCGACACAUUAUUCGGUUUUGGACUUAAUGCAAUAUUAGACAGUACAUCUUCCAUUGUGGUAUUAUGGCGAUUUCACAGCAAAGAUCUUUACUCCGAGAGCCGAGAGCAAAAGGCUUGUUUGAUUAUAGCCAUUUUAUUUGUGGUGUCCAGCACAAGUUUACUGGUUAUGACCAUUGUAACAUUGGUCAAAGAAAACAAAGAAAAACAGCUUGUGACAUUGAGUAUACUGUCCCUGGUCAAUGGCUGUUCUAAUCUUGUACUGGGGAUUGUGAAGUGUGGUAUUGGGUACAAACUAGAGAGUAAAUCUCUGAUGAAUGAUAGUGUAAUCACGUUUGUCGGCGCUGUUAUAAGUUUUUCGGCUUUCCUAGCUAUAGACCUGUAUGAACAUAACUCAUCGCUUUGGUAUAUUGACAAUGUCUUUGGUGUAGGCUGCAGUUUAUUCCUGUACUUAUUUGCUCUUAGAUUAUUUUACCAGUUUUUCAGCAGGGGAUCGUCUGUGCAAUCAUGAAUGUUAACAUAUUUAACAUAUCAAACUGUCCCAGGAACAAGUCUUGUGAACAGUAUUUAGAGAUCAAAGUUUAUUAAAGACAUCUGGAAAUUUGUCAUAAAACUAGUAUUUGUUUUACAUUUAGUAUUGUCUGGCAUGCACUUUUCUUCAACGUAUACAUGCAUAUCAAUCAUGGCUAAAAAACAUGAUUUUAUAUUCCUGUACAU